UUUUCUAUAAUUUAUUAUUAAUAUUAAAAUGGAAUUAAUCGAAACAACCAAAAAGAAGCCAUCUUUAAUUGACGGUAGCGGGUUUCAAUACCGACAACAUCGCAAAAAUAAAAAUGGAACCAUAAGCUGGUUGUGUGUAAACGAAAAAAAAAAAAACUGCAGAGGAACGUUAAAGUCACAAGGCAAUAAUGUGCUUUCCAUCACCGAUCACGAGUGCACUCCCGAUGUGGCAAAGACUGAAGUCGCAAAAUCCUUGUCUACAGCUCGCAAGAGAUUGCGUGAAGAAGAUACGCCAGUUCGUUCUAUUUACAACGACGCUGUACGACCUUUAAUGGACGCUGGAUACGAGUUUGUCGCAGAAGUUCCUACAUUUGACGAAGUGAAAGCUGGGUUUUAUCGUGCCCGAAAACAAUUUAGAUGGUCUGUUCGCGAUCCACAAUCUGUAGAAGAACUUGAGAUACCAGCUGACCUAGUAGCUUUGAGAGACGGGACUUCAUUCAUUGUUUUGGAUGCAACUAUCGACAAGACAAGCAGAAUUAUAAUUUUGGCUUCUGCAUCAGGUAAAAGUGCGUUGAAAGAGAAUUCCGAAUUUUUUAUAGAUGGAACUUUUAAGACUUGUAGUAAACAAUUCACACAAUUGUACACGUUCCACAUCGAUGUAAGCUCUAGUUUUCACGAACGCAAUGCUUUCCCCAUCGUUUUUGCUCUUUUGUCCGAUAAAAAGCAACAAACGUACCAUCGCCUUUUUGGGGAAAUGAAAAAUAUUGGAUGGAAUCCACAGUCCGUACACCUCGACUUCGAGAUAGAUGUUAUUAGAAAUUAUGAUGUUAAGUUAAAGAUAUUGUGUAAUGAUCCCAGAGACUGGGAUAGGUCAGGAUGGCCGAGCUGUGACAUUAACACUAUUAUCAGUAUUACUAUUAUCACUAUUGUUAUUACUUUUCCACUCAUGUUUGAGUCUGAACUGGAAGAUAUGUUUGCUUGCAUUAGAGGCCUUGAUGGUAGAAAAUUGAGGUCUUUAUCAGGAUUAUCAAUUUCUUCGCUAGAACUUAAGUUAUUAUUUGAAAAAUCUAUACGACGCUUUGACCGUAUAGGACGACUAGUUCUUUCAGUACAACUUGGACCAGCCAGUUAA